AAAGUAACGCGUUGCUUUGAACCGGCAGUUCUUCACUGAACUUCUUCUCCAUUUGUUGUUGGUGCAUAGUCGUCGAGAGAUUGAGGAGAUUCAAUGGCAACUUCGAAGCUCCAAGCUCUGUGGAACCAUCCAGCCGGCCCUAAAACUAUCCACUUUUGGGCGCCAACUUUCAAAUGGGGGAUCACCAUUGCUAAUAUUGCUGACUUCUACAAACCACCUGAGAAAAUUUCGUAUCCCCAGCAAAUAGCUGUCACCUGCACCGGAGUUAUCUGGUCCCGAUACAGCACAGUAAUCACUCCUAAGAAUUGGAAUCUCUUUAGUGUAAAUGUUGCAAUGGCUGGGACAGGCAUGUACCAACUUGCCCGCAAAUUGAAGCAUGACUACUCUUCUGAGGCAGAAACGGCUGUUGCCAAAGAAUAAUGAAGAUCUGUCUUGCCCUUCACUGUCCAAGGGUGAUGGAUCUACGUUAGUGCGUUACACCUCCCUGCCUCAAACUGGAGUAUUCAACUUCAAUUGUAAUUGAUGCUUUUGUUAUUGUAAGGCUUUCGAUAGCUAAGUUGCCCUACAUGAUGACGAAAUUUGUAAGAGGAUUGUGAUUGUGCUUGUGCUUGUAAAGCCAAUUUGAAGAUUCAAAUUCUCCUUUGAUUAAUAAUUUGUGUUCUUCAUCCCCCAAUCCCUUGAAUGGGGAAUGUGCUAUCGUCCUCCUUGACUGACAUUUUAUUGCGCAGAACGAUGAGAAAUUUGUUUUCUCACGUACAA